AUUUUAUACCAAGCCUUUCAACUUCCUUGGCCGGCCAAGAAGAAAAAGAUCGGGAGAGCGUCAUCCUUCAUCAAUCUUAUGGUUUGAACUUUGAACGUGAAAAGGUCUCUUGGAUAUAUAUAUAUAUACACGUACCUAGCUCUUUCUUGCAAGUUUGAAGCUCUUCAAGUUCAUCAGAAAAUGGCUCAGAUGGUUGGUACAGAUGAGAUAGAGUCACUGAGGGUUGAGUUGGCGGAGAUAGGAAGAAGCAUUAGAUCAUCUUUUCAGCGUCAGACCUCAAGCUUCCGAAGCAGUUCGGGAUUGAGUUCUACAAAGGGUGAUGCUGACGCUGAUCAGGAUGUUUUACAGUGGGCUGCAAUUGAGAGAUUGCCUACAUUUGAGCGGCUGAGAUCAUCCUUAUUUGAUAAGGAUCAUGACGAUGCUGACGGUACUGAUAACAAAGGAAAACAGGUGAUUGAUGUUUCCAAGCUUGGAGAUGUAGAACGGCAUGUGUUCAUAGAGAAGCUCAUCAAACACAUUGGGCAUGACAACCUUCUCUUGCUCCAAAAAAUUAGAAACCGAAUCGACAAAGUUGGUGUAAAAUUGCCCGCUGUGGAGGUGAGAUACAAAAAUCUGCGAGUGGAAGCAGAGUGUGAAGUAGUACACGGCAAGCCCCUUCCAACAAUCUGGAAUUCUCUUAAAAGCAUUCUCUCUGUUCAAAGUCACGUCAAUAAUUGCCUUCUCUUGCUUACUGAAGAAAUUUCCUAUAAUGGAUACAAACUAAGAGAGUUUGUUCCACAAAAGACUUCAGCGUCUAUUAGCCAAAAUGACGUUCACAUUCCUGACAUGACUGUGAGGGAAAUACUGGACUUUUCAGCUCGUUGUCAGGGUGUAGGAAGCUGGGCAGAGGUUAUGAUGGAAAUCGGUAAAAGGGAGAAGGAAGCUGGAAUUGUUCCGGAUCCAGAUAUCGACACUUACAUGAAGGCAAUUUCUAUUGAAGGACUAAAAAGAACACUUCAAACAGACUACAUACUAAAGAUCCUUGGACUUGAUAUCUGUGCUGACACUCUAGUUGGAGACGCAUUGAGAAGAGGUAUAUCUGGUGGUCAGAAAAAGAGAUUGACUACAGGGGAGAGUAUUGUAGGUCCUACAAAAGCUCUGUUUAUGGAUGAAAUCACAAAUGGCUUAGAUAGUUCCACUGCAUUUCAAGUUGUUACUUGUCUUCGCCAGCUGGUGCAUAUCACAGACGCUACUGUACUGGUUUCGCUUCUUCAGCCAGCACCAGAAACCUUUGAUCUUUUUGAUGACCUCAUUUUAAUUUCAGGAGGAAAGAUUGUUUAUCAAGGUCCACGUGAUCAUGUUCUGGAGUAUUUUGAGGAUUGUGGUUUUAGGUGUCCUGAGAGGAAAGGGGUUGCUGAUUUUGUCCAAGAGGUUAUCUCUAGGAAAGAUCAAGCACAAUACUGGCAUCACACAGAAGUACCUUAUAGUUAUGUUUCAGUUGACAUGUUCUCUAGGAAGUUCAAGGAGUCUUCUUAUGGGAAGAAGCUAGAUGAGGAGCUCUCCAAGCCAUAUGAUAAAUCCCAAAGCCAUCAAAUUGCUCUUUCCUUUAGUACAUAUUCUCUUUCUAAAUGGGAACUUUUUAGAGCUUGUGCGUCAAGGGAACUUCUUCUCAUGAAAAGGAAUUCUUUUAUCUAUAUAUUCAAAAUAACUCAGCUUAUUAUUAUUGCAUGUAUCACGAUGACUGUAUUUUUACGGACUCGCAUGGAUGUUGAUAUUACUCACGCAAAUUACUAUAUGGGUGCCCUGUUUUAUGCUCUUAUCAUCUUUGUUGUUGAUGGGAUCCCUGAGUUGUCCAUGACUAUUCAAAGGCUUGAAGUAUUCUACAAACAGAAAGCAAUGUGUUUCUACCCAGCUUGGGCUUAUGCCAUUCCAGCAAGUGUUCUAAAGAUUCCUAUUUCAUUUGUGGAAUCUCUAGUUUGGACAUCUCUUAUAUAUUAUGUUAUUGGCUAUACUCCUGAGGCCCAAAGGUGAGUUUGACAUGAAAAUAUGUAUAUAUUUUUUUGUUCAUUUCCGCCCAGUUUGGUCCAUCAAUUUGCAAAUUAAUGUCCAGAACUUUUCAUAGACUAGAGCCUCCAUAUAUCAUCUUUUCCUCAAGCGGUCCUCCUUUUCCUUUAUUUUAUUUUAUUUUUGUUUGAA